CUGAGCGAAUCUUUUAAAACUCACACAUGCACAAACACUCACAUUCUCCAUUAAAAGAGUCAUGUAUUAAUUGCAGUUAUGUCAUGUAAAUAUUAUGUUGAUGCACAGGAAAUCAACAUUUCUUAAUCUUUCAUGUGGAGUUUAGGCUCCAAUAAACACUUUCUGACCACAGAGGCCCUCAACAGGGUGUUAAGUGCACUAUGUAGGGCCCUCUAGUGGAGGAAAUGCACCUCUGCGUGUGGCCCCAAUUUCAUUAACCUAUGCCUGACCACAAGUGCUGGAACUCCGUUCAGGGUUGGAGCGACAGUGCAACUUGUCAUCCAGUGUGAAGACCUGCAACUGUUUAGAUACUCAAAACAUGCAAAUAGCAUCUGAGAGUGUAUUUAACGAGAGUAGGGUUUUUGAAAGUGCUUUUGCAUGAAGAGUCUGUGGGGAAAAAGCCGCAUUAGGUCACUGGGGCUGGCUGUGAGAAAUGCAGCUGAAGUGAGUGCACUCACGGCGAGUGUGUGUUUUUAAGAGGUGCUAGACUUUCUGUGAUGGACGUUUUUGAAGGAAUCCAUCGUGUGCAGCUCUCCUCCUCUCCUCCUGCACGCUCCAGGUCUGUUCCAGGGUACGAGGUGCUGGUGGCAGGGAAUUCUGGGAUAGCUGUAUACUCAUCACCUACAUUUUUUGGCAAAGGUGAUUUUACGGAUCAGCAUACAGCAGAGAAAGAGAGAUGCCCGGUCGGGAGGUACGUCAAGAUUUCACCUAAACAAAAACCACAUCUGAGGCCUGGACUGGGGGGUGAUGGGGGGCAGCGGGAGAAGAUGCCCCCGGAGGAGGAGGAGGAGGAGGAGGAGGCAGGAGCACACAGACGAGAGACGUACAACAUGUCCCGUCUGCGGAGUUCCUCUCUGGAGAUCAAGGAGAAGGGAACAGAAUUCCUCCGAGAGCAGCUGGAUGCUGCACAAAAGGAGCUGAAGUUGAAAGACGAGGAGUGUGUCAAACUGUCUCAUGUCAGGAAUCAGCUGGAGCAGGAAUUGGAGGAAUUGACCGCCAGUCUAUUUGAGGAGGCCCAUAAGAUGGUGCGAGAGGCCAACGUGAAACAAGCGGCGGCUGAGAAGCAACUGAAGGAGGCCCAGGGCAAGAUUGACGUCCUACAGGCGGAGGUCUCUGCUCUGAAAACCCUGGUGUUGACCUCUACGCCCUCCUCCCCGAACCGCCAGCUCCAUCCUCAGCUGCUGUUGCCGGGCUCCAGUCGGGCCUCGUCUCGUCCCGGGGGCCACACGCGCAACAAGAGCGCCAGCGGUGCUCUACAGCUGCAAACGGAGCCCACGCCGACGGAUGUAGCGUCAAACUGGGAGGACAAAGAGUUGGACUCUGUGCUGUUCGCAGAGUUCCUCUCGUGGAAGGAGGCACCCAGUCUGGAUCGCUCCUCAGCGUUCAUCAGCAGGGUGUACAGAGAAGAUAUCGGGCCAUGUCUUUCAUUCACCUGCUCUGAGUUGUCUCAGUCGGUCCAGUGCGCAGUGGAGAAUAACUCUCUCACCAUCGAGCCCGUCGCCAUGUCGUCUCUGCACACGGUCAAAGCCCUCGAAUGUGGAGGACCCAACGGUUGCCGGACACCCAUAGAAACUAAAUGUGCGCUGAGCGGCAUGUCCCGCCCCUGUCGACAUCGAAUCAAACUGGGAGAUAAAGAGAAUUACUACUAUAUAUCUCCGUCUAGCAGAGCACGAAUCACAGCCGUGUGUAAUUUCUUCACUUACAUCAGGUACAUCCAGCAGGGCCUCGUCAGACAGGACGUCCAGCAGAUGUUUUGGGAAGUGAUGCGUCUGCGGAGAGAGAUGAGUGUGGCCAAACUGGGAUACUUUCUGACGGAGGAGCGCUAGAGAACCAGCACACAAAUACAAAUA